UAGCGCAGCAGUGCAUUGAGUAGAACCGCAGGUCUCACGCUGGAUGCAUAGAAGCCCGUUCCCAUGAAAGCAUCCGCGAAUAUGUAGCUGGAAAACACGCCUGUGAUCUAAACAGUGCUGAUCCUCGAGUGUGUGCGGGAUACACGGGAGUCAGGGGUGCACCUCGGGUCACUGAAGGGUCUGCCAUAGAGCAUCUCUACUAAGAUAUCCACAGCUUUGAUGCAGCACAGUGUUGAAAUAAAUCCAAGAUGACGGAAGAGGUGAUUGUCAUCGCCAAGUUUGAUUACAUGGCCCAGCAGGACCAGGAGCUGGACAUUAAGAAGAACGAGCGUCUCUGGCUCCUGGACGACUCCAAGUCCUGGUGGCGAGUACGAAACGCUACCAACAAGACGGGCUUCGUGCCAUCUAACUACGUCGAACGAAAGAACAGUGCCAGAAAAGCCUCAAUCGUCAAGAACCUCAAAGACACUUUAGGAAUUGGCAAGGUGAAACGGAAGACAGGCAUGCGUGAAACGGCCUCCAACGCAGACUCUGAUUUCUACCCGGACAAUGGCGAACGUCUGUAUGACCUAAACCUUCCUGCGCUAGUCAAAUUCAGCUACACGGCCGAGCGGGAAGAUGAGUUGUCAUUGGUUAAGGGCACAAGGGUCAUCGUCAUGGAGAAGUGCAGUGAUGGCUGGUGGAGAGGGAGCUACAACGGCCAUUCAGGAUGGUUUCCAUCCAACUACGUGACGGAGGAUGCAGAUGGAUCGGCGAGCAACGACUCUGCCGGCUUGUCGGAUGUUGUUCAUAGUGCAAACGGCAACCGGGUGCUGCACACAGUACAGGCACUCUACCCGUUCAGCUCGGGCAACGAUGAAGAGCUGAACUUUGAGAAGGGGGAGGUUAUGGAUGUUGUGGAGAAGCCAGAAAAUGACCCUGAGUGGUGGAAGUGUCGCAAAGCCGACGGGCAGAUGGGACUUGUGCCAAAGAACUACGUGACUGUUCUGCAGGAGUUGCACAACUCAGCCAGCAUGGCCGGGCCUCCCACACCUGACUGUGACUACAUUGAGCCUUCAUCCAGUGGACGCUUCGCUGGCAAGCAGUGGUACUACGGGAAGGUGACGCGUCAUCAGGCAGAGGUGGCACUCAACCAGAGGGGCACAGAGGGAGACUUUCUUAUCCGGGACAGCGAGUCCUCACCCAAUGACUUUUCAAUAUCGCUGAAAGCUCAGUCCAAAAAUAAGCAUUUCAAAGUCCAACUGAAGGACAACUUGUACUGCAUCGGACAACGCAAGUUUAACUCAAUGGAGGAGUUGGUGGAACACUACAAAAAGGCGCCCAUCUUCACCAGCGAACAGGGCGACAAACUCUACCUGGUCAAGGCUCUGGCUGCCUCCUGAUCCAAGCAGAAAGAAUAUCCAGUUAACAGUGACUACACUUCCAGACAGACAGACUGGGAAUAUCAAGCAUUCCAAGAAUGGGAGGUACAGGGAGAGACGGACAAUGGACUCCCGUUCAUUCGCUCGGAAACUUGCUCAAAUUUCAUUGAGGGACACACCCAAUGUAUCAAAAUACAGUAUGUUUAGACCAUAGGUGAUGCAGUGUAUUUUGAUGUCAACAUGUAUUAGAAUUACAACCCAUGUCUUCUUUUGUUAAUAUAUAUUCUUUUCAUUGAUUUCGAAAAUGUAUUUUUCAUUUGCUCUUUAACUUCCCUGCCAAUUUUUUAACAGUUUCUGCUGUUUAAGUCCUGACUGCAGAAGAACUUUGCUCAACAUGUUUCAAAGGUCUCACAUACUGUCUGUUACUGCCUGCAUUGCCUGAACCACACGAAACUGUUGAAAUUGACGUAAUCUGCUAUAUUUAUUAGGAAUCAAUAUUUCUGCAAAAUGCUCCAACAAUAAAAGUGAGUGACCAAAACCAAUAUUCAGAAUUAGGCACAAUCUUUUUGGGAUUAAUCUUGAACUAUAGUCUUGCAACUGCAUGUUUCCAACAUUCAAACAAGCUUGAGGUCUUGUUAAGGAUGACAUCUGUUAUUUAUGAGGGGUAACUUUUCAGAAGUUCUGCCUCCCUGAAUAAUUAAGGUGCUGAUUAUUGUGGUUUGUCAGCUAGUCCUAAAUUUAUCCACACAUGUUGGAUCUGUCAGAAUCCAUGCCAUGCAAUAAAUAUGAUGUCUCCGCUUUGUCAAAGGGCUUAGCUGUGAUUAAUGUCUUCUACUAGACAUUUAUUUGAAUGAGUAUGGGAGUUAGAUUUACAGAUCUUCAUUGGAGCUUGAAUUGCGAUGCCAUGACUGAUGAUUAAAGAAGAUUAAACCACAUUGGUAUACACAAUAGGUAUUUUAUGAUUCAGUGUUUUACUAAUAAAAGCGGUCUUUCAUGAUCAAGGCUGAAAUUGCAUUACAACUGAUGCAAAGGGUAUGGUUUUAGUUAUCGUGGUGGAUUGGUUUAAAGUUUCAUCAGAUGUUUGCCUUAUCUUUGCUUUGCACUCAUUUGGUUGCUUACUUUCUCAAAUGAGCAUACGUAUUGUUAUUGUAGUGUAGAGGAUGAAUGAAAGCAUGUCAGCAUGAAGGCAGCAUUGUGUACUCGGGUUGCAAGGAAGGAUCCACUUCGCUUGGCAAUCAAGAUCCACAUUGCUGCUUCCUUAUAGGUUUCAACAGUUUAUGAUAAAUGGUAAGAGAUGUUCCAUUCAGGAUCAGAUGUUUGAAUGUAAAACUUCAUAGAUAAGUAUGUUUGGUGGACCAGGCAAUGGAAAAGACACUUCCCUGGACACGUCUCUGAUUCAAGUGAGAAAACAUGGACGUUUCUUUUCUGAAGACUUAUGAGUCGGGUGAUGAUCUGGGCUCUUCUCCAGGGGACCAUCACUACAACCGUAAUUACUUCUCCAGCUGUUUGGAGUUGGACUGGGGCGAGAGUUGAGCAAUGGGGAUUUUUUGGAGGAGUGUGUGGGGUGGGAGAGAGAAAAUCGCUGAGACAUGCAGAGUUUGCUCGAGUGAUUUAAUCUUGAAUUAAGUGGAAAUGUCAGAUUUCUAUCCAUGUGACCAGUUCAGAUUGGUUCAGUGUGAGUAAAGUGGCUCUCAACAGGUUUUGCUUCAGGACCAAGUGGUGACUCAACAUUACCAAGCAGUAUCAUUUUUCUACUGCCUUGAGUAGUUUUAAUGUUUUUUGAGGCUAAGGGGAUUCCAAGCAACAAGUACUUGUUGGAUAACGUCUACCAAGACCCUAUCAAAACAACAAUGCUACCCAAUUUGGGGUUUUGAUCAACUAGUUGAGAUCCACUUGUUUUGGAUGAGGGAUAUCGGAGACCUGUAGUCUUAUCAGAUAGUUUGUGCUUUAAAAUGUGCCUUCAUCUCAGUUGUUGGAACCAAAACGUUACAAUAAGAUGCACAUGUUAUUUGAGUAUCACUUUGCAUGUGCGUAAUACACCCCUGAUAAGUGACAGAUGUGCACGGACCAUGUCCUGGUCAUACAAACAUCCCUAUUGGGGAACUUACCAUGAUUUGUCUCCUGACUUAAGUGACCUUACCAUAUAGACCAGGGGUGUCCAAUCCUGUUCCCGGAGGGCCAACAUCCUGCAGAA